AUGAGGCAGGCGACGUACAGGCCCGACUUCACGAGGCAGACCAAGUACUGCCUCAACUCCACAAGGCAGACGACAUACAGGCCCGAAUCCAUAAGACAAUCGACGUACAGUCGCGACCUCAUGAGGCAGAUAACAUACAGGCCAGACUCCACAAAGCAGACGACGUACAGACCGGACUUCACGAGGCAGACGACGUACAGGCCCGACUUCAUGAGGCAGACUAAGUAUAGCCCCAACUCCAUGAGGCAGACAACGUACAAGCCCAAAUCCACAAGCCAAAUGACGAACAGUCGCGACCUCAUGAGGCAGACAACAUACAGGCCUGACUCCACAAAGCAGACGAUGUACAGGCCCGACACCACAAGACAGACGACAUACAUGAGCGACUUCAUGUGCCAGACGACGUACAGCCCUACUAAACGAAGGAGAUAA